AUGUGUUCUUGUGUGUUGUGGCGUGCAAAAUGCCUCCGCGGCCAACGCCUUCACAUCCCUAACCUUUGGCCCGCCUUUGCCUCGUGGAAGCAGGGCGUCAACCCGUGCCAUGGACAGGUCAAGCAAGCCGUUGAUGGCCGGCUAGAAGGGCUGAUUGACCAUGAGAAAGUGCUGGCGAAGGUCAAGGCGGCUGAUCUCGGGCUUUUCGCUUCGGGUGUCUUUUCCGAAGCGCCGUACGAAAGGCUGGAAACGGUGGCCUUCUACUGCGUCUGGCUCUUCCUGUGGGACGACGUCAUUGAUGGCGCGGGUGCCAGUGAAGAUAGCGGGCUCGCCGCCGAGGAGUACUGCCAGCAGUCUGUGGAUUUUGUGAGGUUCUGCUUGGGCUUGGACGAUGGCCAGGCUGGAAGGGCGGCCCCUGAGGCGCCGACCAAGGUGUGUGGGAGCUUUGCUGAAGUGGGUAGACGGCUCAGGGAGUGCUGCGGGUUAGACCAAAGGUCGUUGCUCUUCAAGCAUCUGAGGGAGUAUAUGGAGGGGUGUGUGACGGAGUAUAAAUGGAGGGUGUCUGGGAAGGUGCCGAGUGUCGAGGACUUUUACUCGUGGCGGUUGAAGACGUCCUCAGUGGACGUCAUGUUGGUCCUCUGCAAGAUUCUCAACGGGAUAUCUCUCUGGAGUGAGAUUCUCGAGUCGGAGGAAUUCGCAGCUAUGGGUCUCAGCGUCAACAAGCUCCUUAUUCUGAUCAACGAGCUGUUCUCGCUCAAAAAGGAACUGGACGGUGCGUUUAGCAACCUAAUACCCAUCAUCAUGCGGUCGUUGGGUUCAGGCCUGGAAGGUGCAACGAAUAGUAUGGUUCGGGAUAUCUACGACUGCAUUAAGUGUUUUGAUAGCAACGCCUCGGCUCUUCAGGCAAUGGUAACAGCCGAGGGAAGGCCUGACACGGCAGCCCAGGUCAAGCGGCUGAUUGAGGCCUACCAGUCCAUCGCCACGAGCGUGCUCAACUUUUCCAUUCACAGCCCUCGGUAUGGACUACUCAAGGACAUGCGAGAAGACGGCUCGUUCGUGGUCGUGUUAUAA